CGCGACUUUUCGGAGGUGGCACAGCGACAAGAGCGGCACGAACAAACCAGCACCAGGAUGGCAUCGCGGUACGCCAAAAACAUCAAAGUUCCCGCCGAGUUCCCGGAGCUCCUGCGCAGUUUUGCGCGGGAAGUGCUGCGCCAGCAAGACAAGGUCAAAACGCGGGCCGACAUCCUCCAGUUCGGGAUCAAGUACUUCACCGACGUGACGGAGAAAAACUCGGGGGUGCACAACGGACCCCAAAACGAAAAGGAAGUGUACAUGACCAUGACGGAUGACGAAAUCGAAGAGUACAUGUGGCAGAUCUUUCGAGCGUCCGAUCCUGGAAGUGUUGGCGACUUGGACGAAGGCGAGUUCAAGCGGGUGUUCCACGAAAUUGGCGACUACCUGCGCUUGCAUCCACUCGAGCUCAAGAAGUGUGCUGCGGAAGCUGACGAAAUGGACAAUGGCACGUUUUCGUACGCGUCCUUUAUUCCGUCGGCGCUGCGGGUCAUUUCGACAUUGAAGAAGAAGCGAAACAUCGAGUCACACGACGCAGGGGCAUCCAAAGAAGUCAUUGUGGCCACGCCGCACAGCCUUUCGCAUGGCUUACUGCGGGACGAGUUCGAGAGCUUACUGCGGGAGAUCCUGCACAACAUCGACACAGACAACACGGGCUCAUUGAGCCGGACCGAGUUCAUGGGAUGCCUUCAGGACGCAGACCUGGGCCUGACCCGAAAAGAGACCAAUUUGGUGUUGUUUGACACGCCGAGCGACGAAGCUGGGCGGGUUGCGUACAACGAUGUGAUUCCGAUUGUAUUUGACGUGCUCGUGCAUGCAGCCGCCAACGAUCUGCUCGACAUGCCGAGGACGGAAGAUCAGAUCGAGACGGUGCUGACUCGGGCGCUGGCGAGUGGUGACGAGGACAGCACGGGGUUCCUGUCGUUUGCAGCGAUCAAGACACUACUGCGGUCGGCGGGUCUCGGCCUCACACGGAUCCAAAUCAUUGCGCUCAUGUCCGAAGCUCAAGAAGAAGAAGAUGAUGCCGUCGCGUACGAACGAUUUGUCAAGAACAUUUCGACCAUGGCGCUCCAUUUCCUCGACUACGACCAUCAAGCCAAGAUGGCGCAGAUCGUGCCAGUGUAUCGCAGCACGGAAGAAUAUUUUACCGUGCAGGGCAUGAACCAGCACGAGUUUGAGAACGCCCUCGGGAUUGCGUUUGAAGCGAUCGACGAGACUCAUCGUGGCAGCGUGCCCCGACACGAAGUUGUCGAAGCUAUCCAGAACGCGUUUCCCAAGAUCUCGUCCAAGCAUGUGUCGACACUGUUGGCGCUCGGCGACGUGGAUGCAAACGGCGACAUGGAGUACGCCGUGACGAUUCACAACGGUUUCCAGGCGCUGCAGUGGAUCCAGGAAUAUGAAGCCCUCGGCAAGCAAUAGCAUGUCCGUGUGCUCAGCUGAGGUCCACCCCGAUAACUCAUCAGCCAUCAACACGAUCCAUCAUGUAUUUCC